AUGACAGGUUUUCGACGCAACCUUUACUGCCAGGACUCUGUGCUGGACCUGGUCUCGGACGUGGAGGACGCCGCCCAACGCAGGCGCCGAACGGCAGUGGUGUUCUUCGACAUCAAGGCCGCCUUCGACAGCGUCCCCAUCAACACCGUCAUGGACUCCCUCGUCGACCCUGGAAUCGGAGGCAAGGCAGCUGCUUUCAUUCACGCUCUACUUUCCAACCGCUCUUUCAGGGUCCGACUGGGAUCGACGCUGAGCUCCCCACGUCCUCAGAACCUCGGUCUACCUCAAGGCAGUAUCCUGAGCCCCCUGCUCUUCAACCUCGUCAUGGCUGGACUCCCCAAGGCCCUACCAGCCACAACACCUCCCCUGCAACUCUCCAUCUACGCGGACGACAUCUGCCUGUGGACCAACGGCAAGGACCCCUGGAAACUGAUGAAGACCAUCCAGAAGGGCGUGGACGUUACGACCGAGUACAUCCGUGGCCUCGGACUCACCCCGUCAGCCGAAAAGACCAGGGUCAUGCUGCUUGGUUCCACGGCAAACUGGUGUACGCUGCCCGAACCAAUCCUGAUGGAAAACACGCCACUUGAACAGGUCUUCCUGGGCUCCACUCAUCAAGGACCUCCAGACCAGAUGCAAGACAACCCUGAACGUGACCAAGCGACUCAGCGGACGGCACUCCGGCUGCCCCCAGAGGACCCUCCUGACCAUCCACAAAGCCACCACAGCCGCACGGAUGCUCUUCGGACUCCCCUACGCCAAGCCCAGCAGAUCAACGCUGGAAUCCCUGGAACUGCUCCACCGUCGCGGACUGAAGCUGGCUCUCGGACUCCCACCUGGGGCGCGGAACGUCGCCGUCUACGCCGAGGCUGCCGCUCUCCCUCUUCAACUACGAGCCACCCAACACCUGAACUGAACAGGAACCAGACUGAACAGGACAACAACCGGAAGGGCGCUACUGCAGCAUCUAAGGGACCGACAACGGAGCCGUUUUUCAUGUACACUUUUCACGCAGGACCAGCUGUUCCAGCCCAUCCCACCAGUCCCCAGUCCAGACGCUCCAUGGAGACUCCUCGGGACCGCCAUCCAGACAACACUGCCAGUCGACCCUGGACGACGCGCCUGCGCCCUGGCCUGCCACAUCCCAGCAACACAGUUCUCCUGGGCCGAAGGAUUCCCGGACCCCUCUCCUCCACGGAUGCAGAACUCCUGGCGAUCACGGAAGCCCUGGACAUCAUCGCCAAGACGAGCGCCACCAAAGCGGUUAUCCUCACGGACUCCCGCGGGGCUCUGUCUAGGCUAAACAACCGUUAUGAACACUGCCCUCUCUCUUUCAGAGCACACCAGAAGCUGCAGCUCCUCCUGGCAUCCGGUCUCAGCAUCGCGCUGCAGUGGAUCCCAUCCCACAAAGGCAUCCCCGGCAACGAGAUGGCGGACUCCCUGAGCAAGCAGGCCACCACCAAGACCCUGGUCCGCCAGGCACCAUCUACCACCAGCCAGGCCAAGAAGAGCAUCGCCCUCCACGUGCGCAGCUUCCACCCGGACAAGCACACGGCGGAUGGGAUAGCACCCCCACCCUGCAUCACGGCCGGCCUAACCAGGGACGAGGCAUCGCUGCUGCUCAGGCUCCGUGCGUCGUGCACCUUCACCCGGGCGUACGGCUUCACGAUCGGCCUGGUCGACGACCCACCCUGCGGAACCUGCAGUGUCCAGGAGAGUGUUACUCACCUACUCACCCGCUGCAGAGAUACUGCUUCUCAGAGAGAUCUUCUUUUUCAGAACCUGUCCAGCGCCGGCAUCACCGACCACAGCCUGGUUAACCUGGUAUACCCCAUGGGCCCACGACACAAUCGCCGACGUAUCCACAGGGAGCUGCUGCAGUUCCUGAGGACUACCGGCCUGGACACUCGCCUGUAG